AUGGCUUUGGUUGGAGAGGCUUUGCUCUCCGGUUCGAUCCAGGUGCUGUGCGACAAGAUCGCCUCCGGACAGUUCGUGGACUUCUUCCGGGCAACAAGACUCGACCAUUCACUCAUGGGCAAACUGAAGGCGACGUUGAUGAUCCUUCGUGCAGUGCUCAACGAUGCAGAGGAGAAGCAGAUCGUCAACCCUGACGUCGGGAUGUGGCUGGACGAGCUCAACAGAAUAAAAGAUUUAUUCAACGAGUUGGAACACCUUGCAAAACAAAAAGACAUCCUCGGUCUUAGGGGAGGUGUUGUGGGCAAGGUUUCACAAAGAACUCCCACAACUUCUGUUGUUGAGGACGGAUUUUGUACCUACGGAAGGGAAGGAGAUAAGGAAAAGUUAAAAGCUCUGCUGCUGCUAUCUGACAAUGAAAGUAGCAGUAAUUUUUCUGUAGUCCCUGUCGUCGGAAUGGGUGGGGUUGGUAAGACGACUCUUGCUCAACUGCUUUACAACGAUGAACAAGUUAAAGAGCUCUUUGAUACUAAUGCCUGGGUUUGUGUUUCCGAACAGUAUGAGGCUUUGAGGUUCUUACUUGUCCUGGAUGACCUUUGGAAUGAAAACUACGGUGACUGGGAUCGGCUACGAACUCUUUUCACGUAUGGGGCAAAGGGAAGCAAGGUCAUUGUAACAACAAGGAGUAGACGUGUUGCAUCCAUCGUGCACAAUACUAUUCCUGUUCACGACUUAGAAGAAUUGUCGGAUGGAGAUUGUUGGUUGUUGCUAGCAAAACAUGCGUUCAGAAAUGAAAACCCCGGUGCACAUCCAGACUUGGUUGAAAUUGGUAAGCAAAUUGCACGUAAGUGCAAGGGUUUGCCUCUAGCCGCAAAAACGCUAGGGGGUCUCUUAAGUUGCAACCUAGACUACAAGGAAUGGAAUCACAUAUUGAAUAGCAAUCUUUGGGAUCUACAACAUGCUGAUGGUGUUCUUCCUUCUCUAAGAUUGAGCUACCACUAUCUUCCAACUUACUUGAAACGAUGUUUUGCUUAUUGCUCAAUUUUUCCGAAGGAUUAUGAAUUUGAAAAGGAAAAUGUCAUUCUGCUAUGGAUGGCAGAAGGUUUAAUUCCACAUGCAGAGAACGAGAAAGCUAUGGAGGAGGUUGGUGGAAGAUACUUUGACGAACUGUUAUUGCGGUCACUAUUUCAAAGGCCAAGAUUGGAUCGACCAAGGUUCACAAUGCAUGAUCUUAUCAAUGACUUGGCUAUGUUUGUGUCUGGAAAGUUAUGUUUUAGGUUGGAGCAGAAAAAUUCACAUGAAAUUCCUGAAAGAGUUCGCCACUUAUCGUAUAUGCGAGGACAAUUUGAUACAUCUUCAAAAUUUGAGCCACUAGAAGGAGUCAAGUGUUUGCGUACCUUCCUUCCAGGGUCUUUAGCACCAUAUUAUCCUUGGGGUCAUGAAUAUGUAAGCAAUAAGGUUCUAGAUGAUUUACUACCAGCACAAAAAUAUUUACGGGCAUUUUCAUUGUCAAGAUACAAAAACAUCACUCACUUACCUGAUUCCAUUGGUAACCACAUACACUUGCGCUACAUUGAUCUCUCUUAUACAACAAUUAAAAGGUUACCAGAUACAGUGUGUACCCUCUACAAUUUACAAACUCUGUUGUGAAAGGUUUCUUCUCUUGUUGAAUUGCCUGCAGACAUGAGGAAAUUGAUUCAUUUACGUCAUCUUGAUAUUGAUAGAACCAACAUAAAAGAGAUGCCCGUGCAUAUGGGUAGACUAAAAAGAUUGAGAACGCUGACAGAUUUUGUGCUGGGGAAAUCUACUGGGUCAAGCAUUGCAGAACUGAGGGAAUUGUCGCAUCUUGGAGGAAAAAUUUCUAUCUUGAAUCUGCAAAAUGCAGUCGGUGCAAUUGAUGCCUUGCUGAAGGAUAAGAAAGAUCUCAAAGAGGUAGAGUUGGCAUGGGGUCCUGAAGUUUCCGAUGAUUCCGUAAAAGAGAGACAUGUACUCGAAAGACUACAACCUUGGGUAAAUUUGGUGAAACUAACCAUCAUGCGUUAUGGCGGAACCAGUUUCCCGAAUUGGGUGGGAGACUCUUCCUUCUCCAACUUACAAGUGAUGCGUCUCAUUGGUUGUGGUAAUUGCAUUUCAUUGCCCCCAGUUGGUCAGCUACCUGCUCUGAAAGAGCUCUACGUAGAAAGGAUGGAAUCAGUUGUGAGUGUUGGUGUUGAGUUGUACGGGGGAAAUCAACAAUUUCAAUGUUUAGAGAAGCUAGAGUUUUGGGAUAUGCCAGAGUGGGAGGAAUGGCAGCCAAGUCCAAGUGGAGGUGAAAGUCCAAACUUUCCUUGUCUUAAGGAGUUGAAAUUACACAAUUGUCCGAAGCUGAGAGGAAACUUGCCCACUCAUCUUCCUUCCUUGAAAAUACUUGAUGUGUACAAUUGUGAGGUUCUACAUGAAAACAGGGCCAGUAAUACCCUGAACACGGAAUCCUUACGAGGAUCUCUUGAACAACUGACAAUAAAGGGAUGUCUGGGUCUUAAGGAGUCGACGGAGACGCUGCCGUCGCUUCAGAUGCUUGAUAUUUCUGAUCCUGGUGGGAGAGAACGGUUGCCGCAAAUGGUGCACAAAUGCAAUCGUCUUCAAAGUUUGACUUUAUAUGAAUGUUCCUCACUCUUGUCGUUCCCUACAAAUGGUCUGCCCACCACGCUGACGUCACUCCGUAUAGAAAAGUGCAAGAAAUUAGAAUUCCUAUCACGUGAGAUGAUGGCCAAAUUGACUUCCCUUCAGUCUUUGGAUCUAACAGAGAGCUGUGAUUCUCUGAGGUCGUUCCCUUUGGGCAUUUUCCCCAACCUUUCAUCUCUUGAUAUAUGGAGAUGUGAGAAUCUGGAAUCCCUAUCUGUAUCUGUUGAAGGAGGAGCAGAUGAAAAUCUCAGCCAUCUCAACUCCCUGGUUAUCGGUUGCUGUCCACAUCUUGUCUCUUUUCCCGACGGGGGAUUGCCCACUCCCAACCUCACUUACUUUUCAUUAAAUGAAUGCGAGAAUUUGAAGUUGUUGCCGGACCGAAUGCACACCCUCACCGCCCUUCAAAGAUUAACGAUACACCGUCUUCCAAAUGUGGUGUCAUUUGCACAAGGGGGUUUGCCUCCCAACCUACAAUCAUUUUGGAUCUCAGGAAACAAGGAUCUGGUGGAGACGUUGCUCAAUGAACAGCUGCUCCCUGCCACUCUUCACACUCUCGAAAUCUAUCAUGUAUCGAAUCUGAAAUCUUUGGACGGAAAGGGAUUUGAGCACCUCAUUUCUCUUCAACACCUAGAAAUUUCACGCUGCGAGAGUCUCGAAUUCCUGCCAAAAGAGGGUUUUCCGGCAUCUCUUUCUUAUGUCAGCAUCAGAGAUUGCCCUUGUUUGAAGAAGGGAAAAGAUUGGAGUAACAUAGCUCGCAUUCCUUGCAUACACAUAGAUGAUGAAAUCACCAUAUGA